AACCUUCUGUUCUUUAGAGGGGCACCUUCAAGCGGCUCCGAGGUGCACUGCUAGCGGCUUUUUGAUCUCCUGGAAAACGGCAGACUAACACUUCAACACAGACACGAUGUCGUUCCUGACUGUCAGCAGGUUAGCGCCUAAACUCCUCAAUUCAAAGAGUGCUACCUACUUUAUUACAGCUGCUAGAAACGCCAGCGCUUCUCCAACAAAUCUGAAGGAUGUUCUGUCAGACCUCAUCCCAAAAGAACAGAGCAGGAUCAAGAGCUUUAAGCAGCAGUAUGGCAAAACCAACAUCGGGCAGAUUACUGUGGACAUGGUGUAUGGAGGAAUGAGGGGGAUGAAGGGUCUGGUAUAUGAGACCUCUGUGCUGGAUCCUGAUGAGGGCAUCCGCUUCCGAGGCUAUAGCAUCCCUGAAUGUCAGAAGUUAUUGCCCAAAGCUGAAGGAGGUGAGGAGCCGCUGCCCGAAGGCCUCUUCUGGCUGCUGGUCACAGGACAGGUGCCCACUGAGGAGCAGGUGAACUGGGUUUCGAAAGAGUGGGCAAAGAGGGCGGCACUCCCGUCGCACGUCGUCACCAUGUUGGACAACUUCCCCACGAAUCUGCACCCCAUGUCCCAAUUCAGCGCUGCCAUCACGGCCCUUAACAGUGAGAGCAGCUUUGCACGAGCCUACUCUGAGGGUGUGCACAAGUCCAAGUACUGGGAGUAUGUCUAUGAAGACUCCAUGGACCUGAUCGCCAAGCUGCCGUGCAUUGCGGCCAAGAUCUACCGCAACCUCUACCGCGAAGGCAGCAGCAUCGGAGCCAUCGACUCCAACUUAGACUGGUCUCAUAAUUUUACCAACAUGCUGGGUUACAGCAACGCCCAGUUCACUGAGCUCAUGAGACUCUACCUCACUAUUCACAGUGACCAUGAAGGAGGCAAUGUCAGUGCGCACACCAGCCACUUGGUGGGCAGCGCCCUGUCAGACCCCUACUUGUCCUUCAGCGCCGCCAUGAACGGCCUGGCCGGUCCUCUUCACGGCCUGGCAAACCAGGAGGUGCUAGUGUGGCUGACUGCGCUGCAGAAGGAGCUCGGUGGGGAGGUCUCAGAUGAGAAGAUGAGGGAUUACAUCUGGAACACGCUCAAGUCCGGAAGGGUGGUACCGGGCUACGGUCACGCCGUCCUGAGGAAGACGGACCCUCGGUACACCUGCCAGCGCGAGUUUGCCCUGAAGCACCUGCCCACCGACCCCAUGUUCAAGAUGGUGGCUCAGCUGUACAAGAUUGUCCCCAAUGUGCUGCUGGAGCAGGGCAAGGCCAAAAACCCUUGGCCCAACGUGGACGCCCACAGUGGCGUUCUGUUGCAGUACUACGGAAUGACGGAGAUGAACUACUACACGGUGCUCUUCGGCGUGUCGCGGGCUCUCGGCGUGCUGGCCCAGCUGGUGUGGAGUCGAGCCCUGGGCUUCCCGCUGGAGCGCCCCAAGUCCAUGAGCACGGAUGGACUCAUGUCUCUGGUGGGCUCCAAGUCGGGUUGAUCCCCGACCACGUGAGGGGUUUUAGUGGUGGGGAAAAAGCGUAAACGUGACGGAUUACGAUGAGUUGACUACCCCCUGACCUACCCUGGUCCAUCCCUGGAAUUCCACCAGAUUUAAAGAGACAAUUUACUUUUAAUGUCAUUACACGCAAAAAGACUCUCCUCCAACCACUGCUAGUUGUCCUGUUACCUCCUCAGGAGGUGAAACUUCCACACAUAGAGAGUCCCACCUGUUUUUGUUUGUUUAUUUUUUUGUUUUUAAGCUACCCUACAAGUCCUCUACGAAUUAAGGGUGACACUCAAAGGGAAUUGUGGGAGUGAACUGCACUUCCUCUGUAUUUGUUUCAGCGGCUAAGGCCACGUCCCCCAUCAAUCAGCUGACAAGUCACUUUGAUUUCUCCUAUGCAUCCCCGCCGCUCUCCUGCCUUUGGCAACGUUUCACUCCCAUUUAUGAGCACUCCAGUUUUCACCAUUCUCGCCGUGAUCAAGCAGUUCAUAAAACACACAGCAGAAAACAAAAGCCGCUUUCAAUAUAAAACUUUUUUUGUUGUUUUUAGUGCUGGCUAGUCUUCCCUCUAUGAUCAAAAUAACCGGCCCGUCUUUGUUUCAGCCCGGCGCUAGUUUAACCCGGUGACUGACACAGUGGGGGGCAAGCGUAUUGACGCGUAAGAGCAAGCUUGAAUUCUAGGUGGGCUUCGUCCUUGUAAUUGUUUGUUGCUUUUUUUUUUUUUUUGGUUUUUAUCCACGUGAGAGCUUUAUCAAUGUGGAUUGCUUCAACAUCAGCAUUUGAUUGAUUGAUUGGAUCUCAUCCUUUGAAACCAGAGACCCCAACUCGCCACCGCUCGCUCCCUUGCUUGAGUGUGUCCCUUCUUCCUGAGCUUGCUGGUGUAACGGUUGGGUUAUGUGGUUUUAUUUAUACUUUGUGUACAUAGGUUAUAUAUAUAUAUAUAUGUAUAUGUAUAAGUUCUGCUCAUAACAGCCACACCGAGUACCAACUGUCAAAGGUCAGCCUCUCGGGUAGAAACCGCAGCUAUCUUGUACAUACAUGUUUUUGUCUUUUUUUUUCUCCCCCAGGGUGUUUUCAAGCUUGUUCUUGAGCUCCAUUGCCAAGACAGCCUGCCCAUCUGUGGCGUUGUUUGUCAACACUCCAUUUUUGUCACUCAGAAUCUUUUUUUUUUUUUUUUUUUUUUGGCUUUGUUUGUGCUCCUCCUGUCUGUCGUCUCGUGGCAUUAUUUUGAUCGUAGAGGAGGUUGUACGUGAUAAAUGAGAAUGAAAUGUAAGGUGGGUUCAUCAGAUACGCUUCAGGGGGGCUGGAUGGGUCGGACAGGGCAAGAAAUAGUGGAAAACAACUCUUAAAAAAAAAAAAGUAAAAAUAAAGGUUUUUAUUGAACAAUG